AUGGACCGGAAGAUAGGAUUGUAUGAGCUAUUAUUUAUUCUUGGCUUUAUUUUCGUUUUUCUUCAUCCUGUUUAUGGAGAUUUGAGCUACACUGUUCCGGAGGAAACGAAGCGUCAGUAUGUGAUUGGACAUUUAGCAAAGGAUCUCGGACUUGAUGGCAAACGUUUGUCUGCUCGUAAGGCUCGGGUGGAGACAGAGGACAGCGCGAAACGGUACUGCGACAUUAAUCUGAGUAGUGGAAAUCUGGUCGUGGCGGAAACAAUAGACCGAGAGGAGCUUUGUGGAUCGAGAAUUACUUGCAUUCUUUAUUACGAGCUUGUGUUGGAAAAUCCUCUGGAAGUGCAUCGCAUUUCACUGCAGAUUGAGGAUGUAAACGAUAACUCUCCUCUUUUUCCUAAUGAGCGUAUCAGCUUUGAAAUUAGAGAGUCGGCUCACAAGGGCGAGCGUUUCCCUUUGGAAGAAGCUCAUGACUUGGACAUAGGACGUAAUGCAGUUCAAGGAUAUUCACUUGAAAAAAAUGAACACUUCGUUUUAUCUGUGCAUGAGAACGCGGACGGAGGAAAAUCUGCUACUUUGGUCCUGGAGAAAGAGCUCGAUCGUGAAAAGCAGAAAGACAUUCAUUUAAUUCUUACCGCAUUUGAUGGUGGUAAUCCACCGAAAUCAGGGACAGCUGUUAUACAUGUUACUGUUCUGGACGCCAAUGACAAUAUUCCUGUGUUUAGUCAACCUGUGUACAGAGUGAGUCUAGCUGAAAACACGCCUUUAGGCACGGAGGUGAUUACAGUCAGCGCUACUGAUGCUGAUGAAGGAGCCAAUGGUGACGUCACAUAUGAGCUCAGUCGUUUAUCUGAUAAAUCAGCAAAAUUAUUUUCCCUUGAUAAAGUCACUGGACAGAUCACGGUGAGUGGCAACAUCGAUUACGAAAAGGAAAAAUAUUAUGAAAUGAGAGUACAGGCCAAAGAUGGUCCUGGCUUAGUAUCAUCUGCUAAAAUUAUUAUAGACAUCACUGACAUCAAUGACAAUGAACCUCGAAUUAUUCUUAAAUUAUUAAAUGAUCCAGUACCUGAGAACUCUGCAGCAGGCACUGAGGUAGCCAUUAUUAAUGUUCAGGACAAAGAUUCAGGAGAUAAUCGACAGGUACAUUGUUAUAUUCAGCAAAAUGUGCCUUUUAAAUUAACUCCAUCAAUCAAAAACUACUUUUCUUUAGUAACCACAAGCAUGCUGGACCGAGAGAAAGCAUCAGAUUACAACAUAACAAUCACUGCUACUGAUGGAGGCUCUCCAUCUUUAUCUUCCUCCAUGACCAUUCAUCUAUCUGUAUCAGAUAUCAAUGAUAAUCCUCCUGUAUUUGAUCAGCAAUCCUACACGGCAUAUGUAAUGGAAAAUAACCAACCAGGAACCUCCAUUAGUUCUGUUACUGCAAGAGACCCAGACUGGAGGCAGAACGGUACAGUCCUGUAUUCUCUGCUGCCCAGUGAGAUAAACGGUGUUCCAGUGUCCUCAUUUUUAUCCAUUAACUCAGAUACAGGAGUGAUCCAUGCUGUCAGGUCAUUUGACUAUGAAAAGUUCCGAAACUUUCAAGUCCAGGUCGUAGCCAGAGACAAUGGUUCUCCUCCACUCAGCAGCAACGUGACUGUGAGUGUGUUCAUAUCAGAUGAGAAUGAUAACUCUCCACAGAUAUUAUACCCUGCUCCAGAGGGAAAGUCUUUAAUGACUGAGAUGGUCCCUAAAGCUGCUCUCUCUGGCUCUCUGCUCUCCAAAGUCAUCGCUGUGGAUGCUGACUCUGGACAGAACGCGUGGCUGUCCUAUCACAUUGUCAAAUCUACUGAUCCGGGACUUUUCACUAUUGGGCUCCAUAGUGGAGAGAUCAGGGCUCAGAGGGACAUUACUGAAUCUGACAGCAUGAAACAGAACCUUGUUAUCUCAGUCAAAGAUAACGGACAGCCGCCUCUCUCUGCUACCUGUUCUGUAUAUUUACUGAUUUCUGAUAAUCUUGCUGAAGUUCCCGAACUGAAAGACAUGACUUAUGAGGAGAGCAAUUCCAAACUGACUUUUUACUUGAUCAUCGCGCUAGUUUCCGUGUCCACCUUCUUUCUGACUUUCAUUAUUCUCAUCCUGGCUGUGAGGUUUUGUCACAGGAGAAAGCCCAGACUGUUGUUUGAUGGAGCAGUCGCCAUUCCCAGCGCCUAUCUCCCUCCCAACUAUGCAGAGGUGGAGGGAGCUGGAACUCUGCGCACUUCUUACAAUUAUGACACGUAUCUAACAACAGGAUCACGCACCAGUGACUUCAAGUUCAUCACAUCUUACAAUGACAACACUCUUACUGCUGGUGGAACUCUGAAAAUGGCCCAAAAUGACACUUUAGAUGCGAGCUUGAUUGCACUUAACAACACAACUGAUGAUGAUGAGGUGAGAAAACUGUGUCCUCUCUUCAUGAUAGAUUUUUUUUUUUUGCUAGCUUGCAGUGUUGAAUUUCAAAAUGAAUUUUAAUACACUUUUUUCUCAAUUCAAAGGAAUGCAUUUUUUCAGCUUGUAAACAGUAAUGAGAAUAACGAGUCUCUUUUUGAGGAAAACUGUACAUUUCUUUGACUGA